AUGGCUCCCGCUGCUGCCCGUGGUCGCAAGGCCCAGAAGGUCACCCAGAAGUUCAUCAUCAACGCUUCUCAGCCCGCUAGCGACAAGAUCUUCGAUGUCUCUGCCUUCGAGAAGUUCCUUCACGACCGCAUCAAGGUUGAGGGCCGUGUCGGCAACCUCGGCGACAGCGUUGUCAUCAACUCCGUUGGUGAUGGCAAGGUUGAGGUUGUUGCCCACAUCCCCUUCUCCGGCCGCUACCUCAAGUACCUCACCAAGAAGUACCUGAAGAAGCAGCAGCUCCGUGACUGGCUCCGUGUCGUCUCCACCUCCAAGGGUGUCUACGAGCUCCGCUUCUACAACGUCGUCAACGACGAGGCUGAGGAGGAUGAGGAAUAG